AUGGCAAGCCACGGCCCCGUGGAUGGGAGCGACAGUCCCACCAACAACCUGUUGGUGUGGGAUGACAUUCAAGUGAAGAUCCAGUCCCUGACGAGUCCUGUUUCGACGCACCGGUUGAGCUUCGUGGAUUUGCAAGGCGAAAAAGGCGACCCUUCCUUGACUCAGUUGCAACACGCCAUUCUCAAUCUGUAUAAUGCUAGCGCUACUACCAGUGCUGCUAGUAACAGUGCUGCUGCAGACUCACACUCCCCAAGUCUACUCGACCUCAAAUGCAACCUGUCGCUCAGCUACCUCGAUGCCCAGGGAGAUCUAGUCCCGCUCACGAGUCAGGAUGAAUGGGCGCACGCCAUCCAGCAGAGGAAACAAGCCAGCGAAGAUGCGCACUCGGCUCCCAGGAAUAACACGCUCUUGGUCUUUGCACAAGUCCUCCAGCUGCAACCACCGCCACUACCAAUCCCGGUAGAACCAUACGAUGGCAAUGGCAAUGGCAAUGGCAAUAGUCACUUGGAGGAGAGACUAGCUCACAUUGAAAAGCUACUUACGCAAAAUGUCAUGGCAAAUCAGCAGAAUGAUGAAGUCGGGUCUCCCGCCGCGCGUUGCAAGGACUACAGGUCGCUCGUCAAGGAACAGCAAGCCAAAAUUCAAUCAAGACUCAACAAAGUCAAGACCAUGAAUGCUGGCAUUGUCAGCAGUAAUCCAGCCACUCCCAAUCGAAGAUCAUCCACUCCUCCAGAUAUCAACCGAGUCACAAGCACUGCUCCAACCCUGGUGGGGGCGCCCAUCACGGUACUGCCAGCCGCGGACAGUGACACACUCCAAGAGUUCCUCCAGAAACUCAUUCGCGAACGACAGGAAGGAAUGCAGCAGCUUAUGGAUGCGAGAUCCAAUGACAUGAAGGCAUGGGCACAAGCACAGCAAGACUUUAGAGCAACCAUACAGCAAGCCAUGACCGAGUUCGAAGCCAAAAUUGAUUCCAAAUUGGACGAAAAGCUCAGCGAACACAAGGUACAGUUCCAGCGAAAUGUUAGACAAUUCGAACAAAUCACUUCCGAGGCCAUUGCAAGGUCCGAAGCCUCGUCGUCUUCGGUCGUAUCACCACCCGUCGCGGGAGACAGGCAACGCUCAAGAUCCCGUGUAAGAUCCCGUGGACGAUCGCCCGGAGUUGUCGGAUCAGUGAAUAUUAGUACCAACACGUCGGGGGUGUCGGGAUCCAUUGAGCACAAGCUGGAUAACAUGCACGAACGACUCGAUGGAAUCGAAAAGCAUAUCUUGCGUCAGCCGGAACGUCAAGCAGUUGCCCAACAAUCAGCAUCGAAAACAGCAGCAGACACGUCGUCCUCCGUCUCCACAGAAGCCAUUGCAGCCGCGGUUCAGCAACAAUUGGGAACAUUCAAAUCACAGUUGGACAAUCUCAUCCAAAUUCGAAUGAAUAUCGUGGAACAAAGGAUUCAGCAGGCUACAGGAUCAGGGGCCCAAAACGGCGGCAGCGUUGACGAGACUCCCACCAAGGAAGAUAUGGUCGCCAUGAAGCAGCAAAUUGAAAACACCAUCCAGAUACGCUUGAAUAUUCUGGAGCAACGAAUCAUGGCCAACAGUAAGAAUGGAAACGCCUCGUCAUCUGCUGGUAUUGACCUCCAGGAACAACUAGCCGGCUUCAAGAAUCAGAUCGAAAACACCAUCCAGAUACGCUUGAAUAUUUUGGAACAACGAAUCAUGGCCAACAGCAACAGCAAUGUCUCCUCUUCUGGUGACGCCAAUCUCCAGGAACAGCUAGCCGGAUUCAAGAAACAGAUUGACAACCUCAUCCAAGUGCGAAUGAACAUUUUGGAGCAACGAAUCCAGAAAUCCUCUUCCGUAGCAGUUGGCGGCGACAACAACAACAAUCGACGAAUCGAAGGGCAACUUGAGACCUUCAAAAAUCAAAUCAAGAAUCUUCUGUUGAAGCGAUUGAACACUAUGGAACGCAGGAUGGAUAUAGUGGCGUCCAAAAUUGCGGUCAACGACUUCGUCCACAGCAGUACUGCUUCUUCUUCUUCCGGCGAUACGGCCACUUCCAUCUCCAAAGAAGCACAAGAAGACCUCCUCGAAAGCUUCAAACAAAAGGUCGACAAUGUGAUUCAGAUUCGAAUGAAUAUCCUAGAACAAAAGCUCCAGCAAAGUGCUUCCACCUCCCGCUCCGUCUCCGCUUCUCCAACUGAAACAACUCCUCCUCCCGAUCUCCAGGAACAGCUCGAGCAAUUCAAGAACCAAAUCAAGAACUUGCUCUUGAUUCGAAUGAACAUGAUCGACAAGAGGUUGGAGGUUGUCGCCUCCAAAAUCACCAUGAAUGACAUGUCUGGCUCCAUGUCUGGCUCGUUUCGUCAUGACGCUGCCCCUCCAAUCGAUCUGCACGGGCAGCUAGAGACCUUCAAGAACCAAAUCAAAAACCUUCUCUUGAUUCGAAUGAACAUGGUCGACAAGAGGUUGGAUGUUGUCGCUUCCAAACUCGCCAUGAAUGACAUGUCUGGGUCGGCUCGUGAAGCCGUCCCACCAAUCGAUCUACAGGAACAGCUAGAAAGCUUCAAGAAUCAAAUCAAAAACUUGCUCUUGAUUCGAAUGAACGUCGUUGAUAAGAGGUUGGACAUUGUCGCUUCAAAAAUUGCCAUUAACGAUUUCAGCCACAGCCUCGCUUCGGCUGCCAACUUAUCCAAAGAAGCACAAGAAGAAGUAGUCGAAGCAUUGAUGCAGAGACUCAGCGCUUUCAUUACUGCGAACGAUUCUGAGUCCGCCAACAGUUUCCAAUCGCAGUUGAACUCUCUUGGGACGCAACUAAACAACACCAUUCAAGUCCGAAUGAACAUUCUGGAGCAACGCAUCAUGCAGAUGAGCACUGUGGAAAGCAGCAGCAGAGCAGUGGCUUCAACGCCCCCCUCCACCUCCAACUCCGCUGCGUUGGUUGCUUCUUCCGAGCUGAACAGUAAGCUUGAUGCCUUCAAACAGCAGAUUGAUGGCUUGAUUCAAGUGCGGAUGAAUAUGAUUGAGCAACGAAUGUCUUCCUUGCGGGAUUCUAGUCCUGAUGUUGAUGGCAAGCUUGAUGCCUUCAAGCGGCAGAUUGAUGGAUUGAUCCAGGUCAGAAUGAACAUGAUUGAGCAACGAAUGUCCUCUUUGGUUGGUUCAGACCCAGGUGUUGAUGGCAAUGUUGAUGGCAAGCUCGAUGCAUUCAAACAGCAGAUUGAUGCCUUGAUCCAAGUGCGGAUGAACAUGAUGGAGCAAAGAAUGUCUUCUUUAGUGCGUUCGUCCCCUGAUGUUGAUAGCAAGCUUGACGCCUUCAAACAGCAGCUUGAUGGCUUGAUCCAGAUCAGGAUGAAUAUGAUUGAACAAAGAUUUGGUUCCAUGUUGAAAUCCAGUACAUCGGUGCCUUCAACUGCUCAAGUUGCCACGUCAGCAAGGUUUGAUCUGGAUCAAAAACUUGACACAUUCAAGCAGCAGAUUGAUGGUUUGAUUCAGGUUCGAAUGAACCUUAUCGAGCAACGAAUGACGUCGUUUGCCGGAAACAGCCGGGCAUUGCCUUCCUCGAUGGCUGCAGUCGCUACUCCCUUGUCCAUUGAUUUGCAGGAUCAGCUGCAGUUGUUCAAGGCUCAGCUCGAUUCAUUGAUUCAAGUUCGAAUGAAUCUCAUGGAGCAACGAUUGCUGGUGUCGCGCUCCUCUUCCUCCUCAAACGGGGCUUCAGAUCUGCAGGAACAACUGCAAGGCGUGACUCAAAAAUUAGACAACGUCUUGCAGAUUCGAAUGAAUCUCAUGGAACAGCGGUUGCAGAGCCUGAUGGUACAGUCGUCGCAAGUCAAGCCCGACACCAUCAACAACAACAAUUUGCAGGACCAGUUGGAUGGCCUGAAGAGACAAAUGGACAAUCUUAUUCAAAUUCGAAUGAACAUAUUGGAACAGAAGAUGCAGGUGCUCGUCCGCCCACCCACAAACAAUGCUCCUUCAGCCAAUCCGGAAACAUCUAUCUCUCGAUCGGUUGCUCCUUCCGCUUCCACCAAUGGCAGCAAUCUCCCCGAAAUGACGCGAACGGUGACUGCAAUAGUAAAACAGCUCAUGGAAACCUUCCUUCAGAAGCUCCAAAAUUUGGAUGCCAAGUUGACUAAGGCAGUCAUUUUGUCGCAAGAGAAGAUUCAAGCCAGCCAAAACAAGGCAUUCCAUGAACUUGCCUUGAAUGUUGCCAAGACGGUCCAAGCAUCUCAAACAACAAUAAUGAACAACGAGAAACAGUAUGCAUCUGCUUUGCGCCAGACAGUGGUUCGAUUACACAACGAGACCCGGACGCAUACCGUCACGACAGUGUCGUCCUCGAGAUCGGCAAAUGUCGGUGUCAGCAAGGAGCGUGCGGUAAUGGUGAAGAGCAGCAACCGCGGCAUCUCGCCUCCUCCACCAGAAGGAAUAAGCGCCAAUUCAUGGGACGCCAUCAAGGACGUGAUCUUGUCUUCGCAUGAGGAACUGCGCAAUAAUCAAGAACGAUCCAUGCUCGAGCACAAAAACUACCUGGUGGAGUGUAUCGAGCUUGCUCAACACGCAAUUCUUUCCAAACUUACCAGCAAUACCGUGUCCGAGAGUGCCCUGGAUGAGUCCAUCUCCGAAAUGGAACAGAGGCUUUCGACGCUUGUAGAGCAGAUCCAAGCGCAGGCGACAGCAGCUGUCUUGGAUCGCAUGGAUCAGCAAGCACAGCUGAAUGCCAAGAAUCGCUGGCGCCGAUCGACAUCUUCUGACGACUUGGAAGGUGCUGGAGGCACAGCAGGUACUGAUGGCUCACUUGCCGGGUCGCCAACGUCACUCCCCAACAAUGCUGGCGCCGUGACUGGAAGUACCGGUGGUCCAGGUUCGGUCGAAGGCAGCGCUGGGGUUGCGUCUGGUCUUACGGCAGGAGAAUUCGAGGAUAUCCUUCUUACUACAGUAGAAAAAUUGGAAGCGGCGAUGGAAGCCAACUGCGAGCAGAUCCAAGCCCAAGCGACAGCUGUCAUGCUGGACAAGGUGGAAAGCUCGCAGACAGUUCUAGCUUCGAGGAUGGAAGGAAGUCAGACUAUUGUUCUUGACAAAGUAGCUCACGUCGAAAGUUUUGUCUCGGGCAAGAUGGACUCCGUGUUGGCGGCUGUCCAAGCUGUCGACCGAGCUGAGUUGAGCGAAGGAAUGGCUUCCAGCAAAAUCGAUUCCGCUCUGGCGCUUGUCCAAGGGUUGGAGUCACGAAUGGAUGAGCAACAGAAGCAAGUACUGGAAGCUCUUCAGGAGCACCAACAAAAAGCACAAAUUGUACAGCAUCAGGGCACGACAUCCUCGGCUGCGAGCCGCCAUGCCCGCGGUGUUGCUUCGCGAGGCAUGGACAGUUCUGCGUACAGUCAUGUUGGGGGCGGUCGGUACGACAGGUAUGGUGAGAGCAAGUACAACGAAGAUUUUCACGACAGUCGUUCCCAUCAGUCGUAUCGAGGUGGAGGUGGUCGGCGUCCUCAUCAAAACCAUUCUGCACCCGAGGCUGUGGCUUACAAUCGCUUCCUGGAGAUGGAGACGAGAGCGCAACAACUGGAGCAUGCGUACGAGUGCAUUCGGUCGAACCGCCCUCCCGUGGAAUCAGUCUCGGCAGUCUCAGCAGUCUCAGCGUCUCCAGCCGGGGCAAACUGGGACGAGAAAGAAGAGCAACCCUCGGAUGCUGUCUACGACACCACAUCAGCAAUUCUGAAGAGGACAAGUGCAGCCACCGCUUGGUUGAGGUCGAAUCCAAGCAGUGUGUUUGACGACAACGGCACAAAUUCCGAUGGCGAUUAG